GUCACCAUUGUACUCUGAUGUUUGGAGCGAAAACCUCUAGUCAGUCUAUACGGAAGUGUACUAGUCGUGGAAAAGUCAUGUAAUUUCAGACAAAAUGGUGCCUGCUAUCACUCUGUCUCUCACCCUGGUGAAUUUAGCUCCAUCAGCACACUUUUCGGGGAUACGUACAUCCCUAGUGGACUGCAGUUCCAGGUGUUACCAUAACACCUCAUGCUCCUCCUUCUUCUACUACAAAGGCUCCGGCUCCGGCUACUGUAAAGUCAACACAGUUGUCUACUCUGUUGUGCAAGACAGUUUAGUUGGUUUUAGGAACAUGAUGUACUACGAGUGGAAACAUGUGAAUUGUGACGAGUCGGCAGGUUGGAAGUUCCAGAGGGCAUCGUGGCUGUGUUUCAAAGUGGUUACGGCCAAGGCGACACACACCGCUGCUAAGUCAUCCUGCAACCUCCUAACCGCCAACACUCAGAGCAAGGUGGAUCAAGCCUACCUCAUAGCUUCAAAGAAAGAUGAACGUGUAUGGGUCGGGGGAGUUAAAGGAUCCGGCGCCUGGAGAUGGCUGAGCGGUAAAGCCUUCGACGACUUUGAGGCAUGGGACGAUGGGUACCCGGAAGGUGGCAAGGACUGCAUGAUCGUGGUUAAAUCCACGCCCAAAUGGGCCUCAGACACAUGUAGUAAAGACAGGGUGUACAUGUGUGAGGUAUCAAUUCAACCGGAAACGUCAUACUGCAACUACUAGGAUCUGGAAGACGAGAAAUCCGAGGUCAGGCGGUUAUAUAUCACCCUUGAAGUACAGUGCAAUUGCCUUGCCUCUGCAUGUAUUUGUGACGACGGAACCCCUUUAUUAGAAAUGCAUUAAAGGUCCAUAAGCACAUAACUUUGCUAACGUUAACUUAAUGAAUAUAUACUUCCUUUGACAAACUUUGGACUCACUUAAAGCACUCACUAUGUGUUAUCUAUAUAUGGUUCCAACGAAGAUUGAUUUCUCCUCUAACUUGGGGAAACCAACUGCAAACCUUAUGCAGAUGAAUUGCACGAGGAUCAUGCUUCAAAUUGCUGAAAAGCAUGUGCAAAUAUCGUGCAUUUGAACACAGCUGCGUCUUGGUGCAAAAUUUUGUUAAGAAUUCGCCAAUUUUAACUGAUUUUUUAUGGUUUGUUGAA